CAGGGUGGGGGAGCUUUAAGGUGGAUUAAAGGUGGUGGAGUCCAUGGGUGGGACAUGAAGCCGCUCCCGAUGGGGAUAUAUAAGCAGAGACGCGCCUUAACACCAUCCUAUAACACAAUCUCCACUGACAAACAACUCUUCAACAUGCGAUUCAUUGUGCAAUCGCUGAUUCUCUGUACUGGCCUUUCAUUGGCGCAGUACACGACAACUCCAGUUCCCAUCCUCAAGCAAAUUAACAGACACAACGAAGACGGAAGCUACAGCUACGGAUACGAAGCAGCUGACGGUUCUUACAAGAUCGAAUCGAAGUAUCCGACCGGUGAAGUCUAUGGUAAAUAUGGAUUUGUGGACGAUACAGGGACAGUCCGAGAGGUUGAAUAUGGGGCGACUCGUCGGGGCUUUGAACCAGCUGGUGUUGGGAUCAACGUACCCCCCUCGACCUUGACCGAAAACACCAUCCGAGGUAAAAACGAGCCAGAGGACGACGGCCAGUACCGCGAGGAUCCUUCUAUUUAUUACACUGACCCGAGGUUCACCAACGGGGAAAAGUACGAGAGACGUCCACCCCCGCCACCUCCACCUCCUCGACAGCCUUACAAACAACCCACCCUGAGAUACAAUGGUCCUGCUAAGUCCGAAUAUUCUAGUUAUCAGCAGUACGAACCUGCGCAACGAGUACAGCCGGAGGUGCAAUACCCGCAGUACAAGAGGUACAACCAACCGAGCAACAUCGACACCUCGUCUUACACCGUUCAAUAUCGAAAAAAGAAAUGAUUCCCCUUCCCUCUCCCUAAAAAACCUGUAAAUA